GCGGGAGGCUUGCCCCUCCCGUCCGGCGGGACUUUCGUUUCUUCGGAGGAGGCGUGGUGUCUGCAAGAGGAAAUAGCUCGAGGCGAGGGACGGGAACCUUCUCCCGCUGGGCAGCGGCCGCCGGUCAGCGGGCGAGGAGCGGGAGUGAAGGCCAUGGACGGUGCCGGUGGCAGAAAGCCGCAGGGCGGGCGCGGGGCGCGGCCCGCAGCUCCGCGGGGCCGGGGCGCAGGUGGCAGCUCUAGCGGCACCGCUACACCCCGGGCGCCGCGGAGGGGGAGAUCCACCGCUCGUCGGCGGCCCUCCGCCGCCAAGAGCCUGCCGGCGGGCCCGGCAGCGAGCGGCGGAGAGAAGCUCCCCGCUCGGCGGAGCGGGACAGCGUCCGCCAGAGUCCCCGCGGCACGGAGACGAGCGGCAGUGCCAGACGGGGCGGUCUCGGCCCCAGGGGCUGUCCUCCGCUCCCCGUCGGUAGCGGGAGCCCCGCGGCUCCGGGGAGUGGUGUCGCGGCUGACCCUGGUCCGCGAGGACGUAUCCGAGGCGUCGGAGCUGGUGAACAAGGUGGUCUCGCACCUCAUCCAGGCUCUCCGCAGCAACGGCGGCAGCUUCAGCUCCAUCGAGCGGCUGGGCGCCGGCAGCUACUACGAGCACGUCAAGAUAUCAGAACCAAAUGAGUUUGACAUCAUGCUUGUAAUGCCUAUUGAACGACUUCAGCUGGAUGAAUGUGAUGACACUGGAGCCUAUUACUAUGUAACAUUUAAAAGAAAUCCAAAAGAAAGAUAUUUGUUGAAGUUUUUAGAUGAAGAGGGGAAAUUAUCAGCUUUUAAAAUGCUUCAAGAGCUAAGAGAAAUUAUUAAACAAGAAGUAAAAACCAUUAAAGAUGUGGAAGUAACUGUGCAAAGGAGAAAGGCUGGAAGCCCUGCAAUAACUCUUCAGAUCAAAAAUCCUCCAGCAGCAGACAUAUCAGUAGACAUCAUCUUGACACUGGAAGUUCAGCAGAGCUGGCCACCUAGCACACAGGAUGGCCUCAGAAUUGAACUGUGGCUGGGAAGAAAAGUCAAGGGACAGUUCAGAAACAAAUCAAUUUAUUUAGUAGCCAAACAAAACAAAAAAGAAAAGGUUCUAAGAGGAAACACCUGGCGACUCUCUUUCUCGCAUAUUGAGAAGGACAUUCUGAAUAACCACGGCAGCUCAAAGACAUGUUGUGAAUCUGAUGGACUAAAGUGCUGUAGGAAAAGUUGUCUUAAGCUUCUGAAGCAUCUUCUAGAGCAACUUAAGAUGAAAUACCCCAAAAAGUUGGAAAAAUUCUGUUCGUAUCAUGUCAAAACUGCUUUUUUCCACUCAUGUGUCAUAUGGCCAAACGACACAGACUGGCAUUUGGGAGACCUGGAUUAUUGCUUUCAGAAAUGUCUGGGAUAUUUUCUGGAUUGCCUGCAAAAGUCUCAGCUGCCACACUUUUUUAUUCCCAAAUACAAUUUGCUCAGCCUGGAGGAUAAAGCGAGCAACAACUUCCUUUCAAGACAAAUAAACAGUGAAUUGAACAAUGGAUUCCCAAUAUUUCAGGAGAGGUUUUAAAACCACUGUUUACAAUAACUAUCAUGUAGAUUUGCAGAUUUAAAACCAGAAGUUUUGCACCUUAAGUUACUCCUCAAUAGUCUGAUAAAGAAAUCAAAAUCAAGAACACAGAAAAAAAUUGCAUACUUCAGCUAUAGCUUAGCCACAACCCUUAAAAGAAAUAGGAAUUUAGUAUUUAUCUUCUGUAUCCAAAUGCAGAUGUCGUUUGCAACGUAUGCUCAUGGUAUACUAGGAAUGUAUAGAAGAAUUGGCAAGUUACUUUCCUACAUGUAAUUUCUAUGAUUCCAAACAAAGGCAUCAGUGACUGCAUAAAAUGAAAAAAAGACAAUUUUAUUUAAAAUGAAGAUCCACUGCAGAAUAUCAAAAACACGCUCCUGCUUUCAAAACGUAAAGGCACUGGAGUUGCUUUCCUAUAAACCAGAACAACUUCUCCGGAACAACUGAGUGGAUGAUCAUCACCAACAGUGAGUGAGCAGAGAGAGAAUAUGUUAUCAAAACAUUAUGAAGUUCCUUAUCUUAUACUAGUUACUUAUGGAGUCUUCAGAAUUGCUUUGGAAAUUGUUUUUUUCACUGGACUUUGGAUGGGAAGCAAUUGUUAGCUAAUGUGCUGCAACAAAGUAAAAGUUAUUAUGCCAUGAGCGUUUGUGUGAUGUAUCUUGUGGAAAGAAAUGUAUCUUUAACCCAUACCAAGGUGGAACAGUCUCCCUGUGAAAGGUUUUCAACAUCAAAAAUGCAGUAUGAAUCGGAAUUCAUGCUCAGUUUUUCUUACACUGAAGAGUCUGUUAGGAAAAAGAGUAAUUGUAAUUAUUUCAUAUUAUUAAAAAUGUGCAGGUGAUAAUACCAGCAUUUGGGAAUUGUUGUGCUGUAAGUAAAUAAGUAUUUUCUUUUUCUUAAAGAAGCUAUGGGAAGUUAGCUAUUCAAGGCCAGGUUGGACAUGGCCUGGAACAACCUGUUAAAGAGUGGGAAGUGUACCUGCCCAUGUCAGGGGGGUUGGAACUAGAUGAUCUUUAAGGUCUCUUCCAGUCCUAACCAUUUUAAGUCUAUAUUUUUAGCCAACGUUUUGAAGGCAAAAUAACCUACUGGCUUAAAUAAUGCCCAAAUUUCACCUCAAUUAUGAGCAAAUAAAGAGGGAAGGUCAGAAAAACAUCUCACUAGAUUCAAGUUUAUUAAUUUUUCCAUGUACCUACAGGACACAUGACUAAACAAAUUCAGACCAAGUAUCAAAUGAAGUAGCUCCUUCCCAUCUAACUUCUAAAGAGUGAAAGCAUACCCCAGUGUCAUUAAGAAUCUGUGUGACAGAACCAAAUCCAAAUGUAAAAUUCAAAUGAAUUUUAUCCGAACUUUCAAACCUA